AUGAUAAAAAGUAGUGACUUUGUUGAAAAAGAUGGACAGAGCUUAGAUUAUGAUCAAAAACGAGAAAACUUCAGUUUAUCUGAAGAACAGAGUUUAGAUUCCCUAGAUUAUUAUGAAGAGAAUAGUUCUUACUUGGACCUGUAUGGCAGUACACCUCAGGAUAAAAGAUUAGAACAAAGAAUCAAAAGCAGAUUAAAAAAAGUAAAGCAGCAAAAAUUGUCUGUCAGAAAUAAGGUCAAUUAUCAUAUGGAAGAACAUGCAGUAGAAGUUGACGGAGAUUCAGAUUCAGAAUCCAGUGACGGCUUGAAGUUUUUAUCAGAUAGCAAAAAAUUUCAUACCAAAACUAGAAACUUUGAAAGGACUUUCAAGCAAGAAAAUUGCUCAGUAAACGAAGUCAGUCGUUUGAACUCUAUUGAAACGCACACAAAACCCAUGACACCUGUGCCCAGCAAAAGUUCAUCUCAGAGGUCCAACAUUAAAGAUUCAACAUUGACCAACAGGAAAUCUAAACUGGCAGUGACAACCAACAACUCCUCAAUGGACAGGCAAUCAUUUUAUAAAAGUUUUUCUCUGCUCAUUGAUCUUGGGAAAGGUUAA